GUUUUUUGGAAAAUUUCGACAAAGAUAUCGGCGGCGGCGGCGGCGGCGGCGGCCACUCGCCGCGAGCCCACACACCGCAGCAGAUAAAUUGAAUUAAAAAUCCAACCUUUUUUCCCCCAAAAUCUCCAAAAUCCAAUUCAAUUUCUCUUCGUCGUCUCUUGUUCUUCUUCUUCUUCCUUCUCCAGAGCCGCGCCCCGAUUGCACCCUAGCCGUAUCCUGAUCCUCACCUUCUACCUCUUUUCACCCUUGUUUGUUGGUUGUUCCCGCGGGAAAGGAGCCGGAUUGAAGGAGCGGAGCGAGACGGGUGCGGCGGCCCAUGGGAGCCAACUCGAUCGGCGAAUACUGGGACGACGACGGGGGAUCCGACGGCGAGCUCCGCUGUGCGAUCGAGAGCUUCUGUGGCAUGGAUUCCACCGCCGGAGUGCACAUCGAGGAGGCCUAUGCUGAUGUUCAUGAUACUGAGAAGACGAGCUCCAGGAAAAGAACUUGGGAUGAUCCAUUCAUGAAAACCAAGUCGAAAGCCUGCCGUGAGAAAAUGCGCCGUGACAAGCUAAAUGGCAGGUUCUCUCAACUUUCUUCAGUACUUAACACUCGCCGACCUCCUAAGUCGGACAAGGCUAGUAUUCUAACGGAUGCAGCUAGUGUGUUGACACAGUUAAAAACUGAAGCACAAGAACUUAAGGAAUCAAAUGAAAAGCUUAAAGUAACAAUCAAGGAUCUCAAGAUUGAGAAGAAUGAGCUCCGCAAAGAGAAGAUGAAACUGAAGGCUGAUAAGGAGAAAUUGGAGCACCGAAUCAAGGCCAUAAGCUUGCCCCCAGCUCACUUCAUGCCACAUCCACUUGCAUAUCAUCCAGCUGCUGCUCCUGCUGCAAGUGCAAAUGUUCAUGCGCCAUCCAACAAGGCUGCCCGCUUUGCUGCAUAUCCUGGCAUGGGCAUGUGGCAAUGGCUUCCUUCUGCCGCGAUCGACACCACAAAAGACACAAACCUUUGGCCUCCUAAUGCAUGAGCACGUGCCUCAGGUAGCAAACUUGUCUCAUGGCUAACACAUUCACACAGUAUUCUUUAUUUGCUUAUCCUGAAUGUUAAUGCUGCAAGUAUUCCUUGAGACAUGUUUAUUGUAAGAUAACUUAUAAGCAAAUAAGAGUUCAAGAUCCCAAUCGAA